GGAGGUGGUGGGGGGUCUUCAGUGAGAGCACACGUUCAGGUUCUCCUCUCCGCUGCUCUUCUCCCCUCGGCUCCAGCGGGUCUCAGUGAGCUUCAGUCCAUGGAGGGAGCAGACCGCCACACCUAGAGCCUCCACGUCCCAGUAGGAAAGACUCCCGCUUGCUGUUUCACAGAGGACGUAUACUGGACGGAACUUGUCCUUGUGUUCAUAUACCCGAGGCCUCCAGAGGAUUUCUGCUUCUGUUUCAAAAUGCUGCUCUCUCUCUGUCUUGUCCUGCUCAUCACUUCUGUCCCCGCCCGUCACACCCCAGCCAACGAGAAGAGGAACUCCACGGGAAGUGACACGAUCAAAUCCGAUGCCACUGUCACCCCUUCUAUCCUGAAAUACAUUCCCGCUCUUGCCAAACAGACCACUCUGGCCUCCCCAAAGCCAAAUGUAGCAGACCAAACGACUCCCACCCCCCUGAUGGUCAAGCAGAAACCUGUGGUGGUCAACGGGACAAAGACCACGAAGGUGAAGAAAGCGUCCGCGUUAAGCCACGCCCUCCCUUCAACCUCACCAAAGACACUGCCAGCGGCCAUUAAGGACAAGCACGCCAUUAAUAAGACCAGAACUCCUCCCACUCGUGAUGUCAAAAUCAUUAAAAACAAACUUGUUGCUGCUGUCACAGAUGGUGCCACCAAAACCGCUAAAGACAAGCCUACAGCUUCAACAAAUCAAACCACCUCGAUCAAAUCUCCUGCAAUCAGCAUUUCCGGCCCAACCGUCUUUCAGGGAGUUCAGUCGACGCACACACCUUCAAGCGAGGCCGUCACAGAGAAGCCCGGCCUUAUAAUAACUAAACCAGCCAGCAAGGACAGGCCGACGACCUCAGUCAAUCAGACCUCAACCAGUAAUGUGAGGUCUGCCAAAGCCAUCAAAACGCCCGCGGUGACCAGUGGGCCGAAGGACGCCGGGACCAGCGAGAGGUGUGACGGCGUCCACACCACGAAGCAGGAGGUGAAGCUGAAGCCUGGCUCUCCCCUGGUGGUGACCCAUAAGAUCAGCCUUGUGCCUGCAGGCUGCUCCGAGAGCUGCCAGGCUGAGAUGGAGGCUCUGAGGAUACGUGUAGAGCGACUGGAGAAGGAGAUGACCGCUCUGAAAGGUCAACGGAAGUGUCCAAACGAAUGUAAUGGAAAUGGUGAAUGUGAGAUGGGGAGAUGUGUGUGUUCGGUGGGGUUCCAAGGCCCUGACUGCAGUAGGUGUGCUCCUGGAGUCAACUGUGAAACAAAAGGGGACAAAGGGAAGGUCAAGACGAACGUAGAGAUGGUGAAGAUACCCCAGGACAAGAACACAAAGGCAGAGCAAACGCUUUCUCAGAAAAAAGAGCAGACUCUAACUCUGGCCACACCUGGGAAGGUGAGCACAGUGAAAACCCAAGCAAGACAAGAGACUACCGCUGUCAAAAUAAAUACCAAAGACUCUGCAAGCGCCAGAAAGUCUGUGCAGCUGACCGUGGGUCAGGUUCUUCUGAAACACAAGGGCAGGAAGCAGGAGGAGGCCCGUGAAGGGAGAACUACAGCCCUGGCCAGCAGAGAACUCUCACCCAAAUCUGAAGCCAAACAGGUGAUGAUGAAAGAAGGGGUCAUGGCUAACGCACAUGCUACCGCUGGCCAGCUGCAAGACCAGCCACAGACCAAUGUGACAUUGGGGGCUCAGGAAGUGACCAAUGGUACUGCCAAAGUUCAGACUCUUUUGACCAAGGCCAUUGAAACAUCUGACGUGAAGAAGUCCCUACAUCCUUCCACACUGGCUGAGAAAGAUGUCACCCAAUCAUCUGCCCAUACACUGAUUAAAGAGGUCAAAACCGGGAGUGUUAACAAUUCACAUGUGGUGCAGACUGUUGAUAACAAAAAGACUCAAAUGACCAAGAUCAGCUCUGGGAAAGCUAUUUUAAGUAGAACCACUGCCGGUAAAGACAAGCAGACUACUUCAGUGAAAACACUUUCAAGUGAUGUUAAGCCUGCCCUCACAUUGGCUAAAACAGUGCUCUCCACGGCAACAAAAAAAGUUGCUGGUGGUAACACAACAGGCAAAGAAAAGCAAGUGUCGGCUGUCGAUCAGAUAACCUCAGUCAAAACACAUACAAGUGAUAUUAAGCCUGCUCUCACAGUGGCUAAAACAGUGCUCUCCACGGCAACAAAAAACGCCACUGGUGGUAACACAACAGGCAAAGAUAAGCAAGUGUCUGCAGUCGAUCAUAUAACUACAGUUAAAACCCAUUCAAGUGGUGUUAAAACAGUGGUUUCAACCGCAUCCAAAACGGUGAAAACCACUGGUACCACUGACAGCAAAGACAAGCCAACAACUUCGGUCAGUCAGAAGACUUCACUUAAAACAUUGAGCGAUUUGAAGCCUAACACAGAAACUACCAUUCUUACAGAGGUUAGGACUACUCAGUCUAGAGUCACAAAGCCUGCGACAGGCAGGGGUACAACAACGAUCACCAAAGACAAGUCUGCAACUUCAGUUUUGACAAGUGAUUUGACAACUUUAGUCAAUCAGUCUGCUGAUGCAAAGUCAACCAAAGACACUCCAGUCGAUCCGUUUUUGGUUACAAAGUCUUCUACAAACAACGCUACACUGAGCGCCAAAGACAAGCCCACGCCCACAGCCAACCAUACAGAGGUGAUCAAGUCACACAGGGAUGGAAAGGCUGCCAAAACUCAGACAAGCAAGGUUGGCUCCGGGAAAGCAAAAGGUACACAGAAGAGCCAGACUUCAGUGAACGUGACCAGUGUAGAACAUGGAGAGGCGUCCGCUAAGGAGACGCUCGUCCAGGUAACCGGGGAUACGGCAACACAACAGCACACAAGCAGGAAAUCCGGAGGGGGUCUGGGUUCUGUGAAGGUCUCCGACGUGUCCUCGUACAGCUUCACCCUCACAUGGUCGGCUCCAGCGGGGAUGUUCAAGAACUUUACUGUGAUCAGGAGAGAGCAGAGGAUGGAGGCUGAGGGAACAGUAGACGAAGAGGCAGCGGACGGACAACCGGGCAUUGACGACAUGGCAACCACCGCCUCAAAGAACAUGACGGCAGGGCAGGCGCUGAAGGAAAACACGGACGCAACGGCUUCUUCGGCUAAAGCCACCGGCUCCAGAGGAAAAGCAGAGGAGCAGAGAAUCUCCCUGGUUCUUCCUGGGAAUGUACGUGCGGUGGACUUCGACCACCUCCAGGCAAACACACGCUACCUCCUGCAGAUAUUCGGCACAGCCUCUGGGAGAAGGUCCAAGAUCCACAGGACAUCCAUUACUACAGGGCCUGAGCCGGCGACGGAGAUGGUGUUCAGCAACGUGACCGAGUCGUCUGUCACGGUCUCCUGGUCUAAACCGAAGAGCGCCUUCACCGGCUUCAGGGUCACAUACACCAACUCUAUUACAGGCGAGAGCAGCUUUGAGGCGGUGGAGUUCCAGCCUUCCCAUGUUGUCCUGUCCCAUUUGGGUGCCGGGUCCUCCUACAUCAUCACCGUGACAACCAGCCAAGGACACGCCCAGAGUGAUGCCCUCACAUCCCACAUCACCACUGUGCCCGCCCCUCCGUUGCAGUUCAGAGUGGUGGAUGUGACGGACACCAGAGCUCUGCUGCAGUGGACGCCGAGCCCGGGGAGAGUGGAUCGCUUCAUCAUCAGCUACGAGUCGGCCAAGAUCCCUAACGUGACGGUGACGGUGAUGGUGUCGGGCCGGGCCGUGGAGCACCAGCUGAGGGCUCUGCAGCGGGGGACGGUGUACAGGGUGAAGGCUCUGAGCCAGAAGAACAGCUUCCAGAGCCAAGCCGUUUCCACCACCUUCACCACCGCCAGCACGGUGAAGCCCAGCGCGGUAGGCCCGCGUUCUGCUGUCAUCACGUGGAAAACUUCCAGCAUCUCCUACCAACGUUACAGGAUAACCUACCAUGGAGUAGGAGAGGAGAGCAAGGAGGUGAUCCUGGACCCUACCGUCACAGAGUACCGGCUCACUAGGCUGCAGCCCGUGAGCCGCUACGUGGUCUUGGUUCAGGGGGAGAGGGACGGCCUCUACACCUCCGUUGUGACCUCAGAGUUUGUAACAGGGACGCUGCGGUUCCCGUCCCCGGCGGACUGCUCCGAGGAGCUGCAGAACGGGGCGCGGCCGUCGGGCGAGGCCGACAUCUACCCCCAGGGGAGGGAGGGCGGAGCCCAGCGGGUCUACUGCGACAUGGAGACCGACGGCGGCGGCUGGACGGUGUUCCAGCGGAGGAUGAACGGGAACACUGACUUCUACAGGAGCUGGAGCGAGUACAGGGUGGGCUUUGGGAACGUCAGCCAGGAGUUCUGGAUCGGUAACGAGCUCCUGCACCACCUGACCCAGGCGGGCUCCAUGGCCAUGAGGGUGGAGCUGCGGGCGGAGAACGAGACGGCCUACGCCCACUACUCCACCUUCAGCGUGGCCUCGGAGGAGAACCACUACAGCCUCCAGCUGUCGGGGUUCACCGGCACCGCAGGGGACUCCAUGAAGUACCACAACGGCCGGCCGUUCUCCACCCACGACCAGGACCCCGACCCCCUGGGGAUCCACUGCGCCCGGGCCUACAUGGGGGGGUGGUGGUACAAGAACUGCUACAAGGCCAACCUGAACGGGCUCUACGGCGUCGGCUCCAACAACCAGGGCGUGGUGUGGAUCGACUGGAAGGGUAAAGACUCUUCUCUACCUUCCACUGAGAUGAAGAUCCGACCGGCCGCCUUCUCCCCCUCCACUGCCCAAGGCUGAGGCCGUCUGAUACUAGCGGUUAAGGUCCGCCUCCCCUCAUAAUUCACAUGGUUAAGCUCCGCCUCUUCCCCUCAUAAUACACAAUUAAGCUACGCCUCCCCACAUAAUACAUUUGGUGAAGCUCCGCCUAUUCCCCUCAUAAUACACAUGGUUAAGCUCUGCCUCUUUCCCUCACACAUGGAUAGGCUCCGCCUCCCCUCGUAAUACACAUGGUUAGGCUCCGCCUCCCCUCAUUAUACACACGGUUAAGGUCCGCCUUCUGCAUAUUAAACAGUAUUUUGACAGCUGCAUGCCAAGUUUGUUUUGCUUUCUUUUUGCUGUGUCAACAUCAGUUACUAUUUUUUUUACAAAACAGAAAAGAUAAACGUCUUUUUUUUUAUCAUUGAUUUUAUGUUUCACUCUGUGUUUUGUCUGUUUCGUUCCGGCUCGAACUCCACACAUACUUUGUGACAUUGUUGUAGAAAGUGUUUCCAUGAGCACCCAACCCCAUUGUGAUGCAGUUCAUUUUGUCCUCUGGAUCGCAGAUUGUGAUGAAUAAAAACAAGAGUUUCUGGGC